AUGCCGGAUCCGCCCGGCGCCGAUGCGCCCCCGCCCGAGGACCUAUUGGGUGGUAAUGGCGCGAGUGAUUCAUCACUCAACACGCAAACGCGUGAAGCGGUCACUGGAGGAACCGCGAAUCCUCCAGCUUGGUCGCCCGAGGCAACUCAGGUCCGGUUGGACCAUGAGAAGCUGAUGAAGAAGACCUUCCAAGUGCUCGGGAUUGUUCCCUCCAGCAAGUCGACCCGCCGACUGAUGGUCCUGAUGCACGACGCCUCGACCCCGCCUUCGCAGGCGCCAGCGCUCGCACGAGCCGCCCAAAGAGCGGUGCGAAACGACGCAGCCCCGGCCUCCAAUGUGAUUCGAGUCAUUAUGGAUGGUCCUGGAUCACCCAGAGGUCCUGUACAGACCGCGCUGCGCAAGCACUUUGGAUUGGCCGAGACGCCGUUCAUGUUCGCGCGGCCCGAGGGCGUCGUGCUUGACCCCGAGGUCGAGAAGCUUUUCUCGAAAUGCGUGAAGCUGAACCCGAUUGUGACGAAAGCCACGAAGAGGUUCCCGAUCGCUCGUCACAUGUACGAGCUUGUAUUCGAAUCCGAGCAAGCUUGUCUUGAAGCCGCUUCAGUGGGCCCAUUCCCCUACCACGGCAAGGAGAUGGUUACCGAGCUCCCCAGCGCCUCUCCCCUUAACCACGUCGUGCAGGUGCGAUUCACCUUGCCCUCCUCCUCCAGCGCGAUCCCCGCUUCCGUGCUCCGAAAAUCUCUCGAUGAUGCUAUCACCCUUUCGUUCGGCCGCGCAGGUCGCACGCAAGGUUAUACCCUGAUGCAAUUACAGCGGGGCCUCGCGGUCGAUCCGAAUGGCGAUCCGAUGGCCAUGACCGAAGACGGGUUCCACUGCGCGUACCUUCGCUUACAUGCUGAUCUUUUCCAAGGCUCCAUCGAGACGCAGAAGGGUGCGCUCAACGCCGCUUUGCCACAAGAGAUCGAGAUCCUGGGCGCCAAGUACGGCUUGCGACACGAAUUCGAGACGCACUACUGCGCGGUGUGCGAUCGCGCCGGACACCAGUGGGGCGCUUGCAGGAAGCCGGUUUCGACUCCGGCCACCGCCGCCCCUGUUCCGGGGGCCUCGACCUCGACUUCGACUUCGACCACCGGCUUCCGAGUUGCUGGAAAGAAUGGGAAGCACGGUGGGCCUGCCGCAUUGAACUCUCGUGUCUCUGGCGCGAACAUGAUCCAGCUGGGACCUCGUGCUAACCCCGCAGGUGCAGUAACCGCCAACAAGGACGACGCGAACGACGGCGACGACGAGUCGGUCGUUUCGACCGAACCGGAGGGCGGUGACACUGGGGAAGAGACGUCGACGCGUGCGACCCUGGGCUCAACAAAGGAGACGCAGACGACGACGGCGGCGCCCGUUUCGACCCCGACCUCUCCUUCGCCUUUGUCCGGUGGCACGUCGGGAUCAUCGGCAACCUCGACAACCUCGAUAGCCUCGACGAGUCCUCGACGCCUUCAUUCGAGCUCGGCACCCGGCAACCGACGUGUCACCCGGGCGGGAUCCGCCAUGAUCCUCGGUGCAUCAGGGGGUGAUGGCUCAGGGGGCAACAGUUCAGGGGGUCACAGGUCCGAGGUGACCGAAUUCGAGGGGGGCGGCGCUGAACUGAUUUAAUCAUGAUUGAGUCACUCACCGUGUUGACGUUCAACGUCCGAUCGAUGAAGAACGCAGUCAACCAAGUCAAAAUCAUCCGUUAUCUCAAAACCCUUCGGCCGGCCCCUGCGGCCAUCCUCCUGCAAGAGCACCACCUCAGCUACAACGCGUCGCGCGAAGGCUUCGAGAGUGCUUGGCCGGGGGCUUGUAUUCGUUUCACUCCUCAUGUCCUUACCCUCAUACCCGAUGGCUCACCUUUGGCGGGCCAUCUCCUUUCCUCUACCCCGGUCGUCUUUGCAGGAGCUCCUCGUUUCGACGGUCGGAUUCUGCGCUCGGUGUUUCGUCUUGAGGAGCUCGAUGUCGAGAUCAUCAACAUGUACGCGCCGGUGCAGGAGGACGAUCGUCGCGACUUUUUCGGGCUUCUGCACUUCAACGCCCCGAGACCCAAGAUUCUUCGGAUCUUGGCCGGCGAUCUCAACGAUUGUCCGGAUGUAUCGGUCGACCGAGUGUCCAUCACCGAUCGCGCUUGGACUCCUGUAUCGCACUGGCAGACCUUGCUGUCAAAGAUCGCGUUCAAGGCACUCGACACGGUCCGACAUGUCCAUCCUUGCACCCCUGCAUUCACUCGUCCUCACUACCGUGGUAGAGGGGAAGAGCGAAAGAUUUGCUCGUGGUCGCGGAUCGACUGUAUUCUUGUCCAAUGCAGUUGGGCGAACCGGUUGUUGAGCGCUUCUACGCUCUUCGAUGCGCCCUGUUCGGACCACAGACCUGUAGUUGCGACUUUCGCUUUGCCUACAUCGAACGCUGAUGCCGAACCCCCCCUUUCUCUUCCCUCCACGAGCGAUUUCAUUUCGAGGCUCAACCCAAUGGUCUUUGACGAUCAAGACUUUGUCGCAUCGAUUCCCGGGGUCGUCGACGAGGUCUAUCGAAGGCUCGAGGGGACCGCUCCGCUCGGCGACAUCUAUGACGCCGCUCUGCGGGCGGUUGCAGUCGCUGGCCAUGCACGAUACCGCUCGACUCGUGCCGACAUGCGCCGACUGCGGGCCGAGAGCCAAUCCGUCAUGGAGGCUUUGGAGGCACGCGGUGAGCACAUGAAUGAGGCCGAGCGCGAUGCGUAUGCUCAUGCCAAGUCGCGGUUGGACCAGUUGGCGGUAAAGGAGGCUCAGUGGCUGCGCAUUCGUGCGCAUGUGCCGUCAGUCGACUCGAGGGAAGGUCAAUCGGCAAGCAUUCGCACGCGCCUCAACCGCCGGAGUCGCCAGACGAGCAUCGUCUCGCUGGAGGAUGUGGAUGGCACCGAGACCGUUGACAUGCAGGAGGCGCUGGGUAUUGCUUCACGGCACGCGCAGUCGCUCUUCACGCCGGACCCAGCUCGUGGCGACCCGACGAACGCACGCCGGUCCCUGCUCGACCCUAUUCGCGCAGCGAAAUGCUACGAUGACGACCGCUCGGACCCUACGUUCGGUCGUCGGCUGCCUCGUCAAGCGAGAGUGGCGCUUGACGAGCCCUUCACCCUCCUCGAGGUUGAAGCGGCGUUGAAGAAGACGGAUUCGGGGCGAUCACCGGGGCCCUCGGGCAUUCCGUACGAGCUCUUCAAGGCGCUGCCAACCUACUUUGCUCCCAAGCUGUUGGACUUGUUCAACUCGAUUUGGGAGGGCGGCAAAAUGACGGCGUCCUUGGCAGAGGGGCUGGUGCGGCUCUUGCCCAAGAAUAAACCGGGGGCCAAUCUGAAAUCACUGGGGGCAUACCGACCGAUCACAUUGCGCGAGACGACCUACAAGGUCCUCAGCAAGGUCUUGGUGGCGCGACUCAAUGGGGUGCUCGGCGAGCUUUUGCCGCCGGCGCAACACGGUUUCAUGCCAUCAAGACGUUCAGCGGACGCGGGAAGUCAUCUCACUCUCCUUCUCGAAAAACUCAAGUCGCUAGGCACUGAUGUUUUCCCCGAGGGCGCCCUCUUGUCUUUGGAUCAGCAGAGCGCGUACGAUCGGGUCGAUCACGCCUGGAUCUUCGAGGUCUUUGAGGCCUUUGGGUUCGGUGAGCGUUUCAUCUCGCUGCUACGCGCUCUCUACGAUCCCGAGACUCUGGGGGUGCGCUACCUUGUCAAUGGGUUCCCCACGGACUUGGUGCGGUUGCUGUGUGGUCUCGGUCAGGGGGAUCCCCUCUCGUGCCCGGUUUGGAACAUCACGUUCCAGCCCUUCCUCGACGCCCUCGUUCGGCGCGGGAUCGCGCUCGACCUGCAGAAGGUGUGGCCAGGGGGGCCGCGUGCGCAGCUUACGCAUCUGGCGUUUGCCGACGAUGCUGUGGUGGUGGUGGAGUCACCGGCGGCAUUGUCGAAGCUGCAAACGCUGUCGCAGACGUGGUACGAGGCUACCAACGGGAAGACCAACACGGACAAGACGCUGGUGCUACCACUCGGACCGAACUGGCUUCGGGACGAGACUGCGCAGGCGCUGCCAACGGUGCAGGAGGGGGAGAGCUUCAAGUGGUGCGGUUAUGCCUUCUUUCGCCACGGUGACUCGAAACUGUUUUGGACCCAUGUUCUUGACAGGAUCAAGGCCAAGACCCGCGCCGCUCGAGACCGGACACUUUCGCCGAGUGGGAAGGUUUUCUAUGCCAACGCUCACAUCAUCUCGACGGUCCUCCACGUGCUGUCCUUCGACAUACCGCCUCAAUGGUUCAUUAAGGCGGCGGAGACGGCACUUACGGACUUUGUCUGGGGAGGAGCAGGGCGAAAUACCGUCGCUCGCGAUUUCGUGUUCCAGGCUCGGGAGGACGGUGGCUUGGGUUUGAUUUCGAUUGGCGACAUCGUUCAUUCGGUGGCGCUUCGAUUUUGGGAUGCUGUGGCGGGCUCGGACGAGGCGAUCUGGGCGCCCCUAGCUCGCGAGAGCUGGAGGUCCCUCGUCGCUGCGACCCGCGAUUUCAGUCCGUGGGGGUUCUUCAGCAGCACGGCUCGGGUCGAGAAGCUGUAUCGCGACUCGACGCGCUGGGGGGCAGUCGUUGCAGCGGCCAGGGUCACAGUUCCAACCAUCAAGUCCGAACUCCUUACGCUUCCCGAAUUGCUCUCGCUUCCGCCUCGCCUCCCUUCACUCUAUGCUGAAGGUGCCCAGCACGCAUAUGACGAUGCGGACGCGGUGGCGAAGUUUGCGCAGAUCGCGGACCUGUACUGGAGGGACGAAGGGAAGGGAUGGGCUCUGGUUGGUCAUCGACGCGGGUUCUGGCAGCACUCUAAGGAACCCGCCCUACAGCACGAGCACGUGUGGUCGCGCGUGGGUCAGUUGCUCAAGGCGAAAGCGUUGCUGCCCAAGACCGCAUUGCGACCUGCUCGGAUACCUCUCAAGGAGGCUCCCCGUCCUCGGUGCUUCAACUUCUUUGGGCUCUCCCGACCUUUUACGAUUCGCAAGCUUCGUCGGCUUGUGAACAAGGUGCGGUUCCCAGGGAGGGAGGACCGUGUCAAGCGUUUCCCUGAUGGGACUUCUCAGAGCGAUAGGAAGCGCUUCUGGAGAUGGCUUCAUGACCGGUUCGCGUCUGCUGUCGAGCAGGACACCCACUGGCGGUUCAUGUACGACGUGACGCCGACGCGCAAGAGGCAGCAUACUCAGGGUCAUGCCUCUUCGCCGACGUGUCUGUUCUGCGGCAACGAUGCAGCGGUCAUCGAGACGGUGUCCCACUACUUUUUCGAGUGCGCGUACUCGACCAGCUUCUGGGGUGGGGUGCUACGCAUUCUGCUUGACAAGCUCGGCAUCGAGGAUACCGACGUCGAUCCGUCGACGUUCACUCCGGAGCAGCUGACUAUGGGGCUCCCCCUUUUGCGGGGUCGUGGGAGAACGACCUCGAAAUGGAUGUGGGUUCGGCUGGCCUGCGCGAUCGGCUUCCAGCGGCUGCACCUGCUCCGCUGGCGCGUUCAUCAGCGGUUCGAGCUGGACAACGUCGUGGCCCCUCCCUCGCUUCCCAGUGCGCUCAGAGCGUUCGAGCGAGAUUUUCUCUCUCGAGCGGGUUUUGUGCCUGGGGUUCGAGAUUGGGAGGUGUGAUGACCGCGUUAAGUCCUUCCUUCCCAUUUUCCUCCCCUCCUUUCCUCCCUUCCUUUUCGGUCAGAAGCUGACUGUCUUGAAACUUGUUGCGCAGUGGAAGGCUGCGCACCUCUCCCUCUCUCUACUUUGUGCAGUAGCGGUUUUCGUUCUUGGAUGGAUCGGCAAGCCGGGUCGAUCGUCGUUGCGUUGGAGGCUUUGUGAAGUUCUCCCCUCUCUUUCCCCCUCUUUCUCCCUUCUCUUCCUCAUCUCGUUCCUGUUGCUCGGUUGUUGACUACGCUUCAGCCACUUCUCCUUUUAUUCCUAAGCCGUGUGUUGGAUUCCGUCGAAUAGAUCGUUCGUUCGCGUUGGUCAAGAUCUACGGCAUGGAUCGGGAAGAAAGGUCGCUCGUUUUUUUGGUCAAUAUCCUCGCGUCAAGGCGAGGCUCGUUUCGUUGUAUUGGAUCGUUUUCGCUCGGCCCUGACGGCUCAACAGCCAGCACUCGAGACUCAGCCAAGGGAGGACAUCAGGCGCUGUCGGGGUGACGAGUAG